ACAUAUCACACAGCGAUUGUCAUUAUUUUGACAUUUCGUUCAAUACAGACGAACCAGCUGAGUGCAUGAAUACGUGUUUUUCUUAAUUGAAUUAAAUUAAAUCAAUUUUUAAAUAAACUUUUUGUAAACUGAAUAAAUAAAAUGACGGAAUACAAGUUUUCAGACAGAGCUUAUACUAAAAUGAUUUUUCAUGCUGCCAAAUACCCGCAUUUGGCAAUAAAUGGUGUUCUCUUAGCCGAAAAGGGAGCAAAGUCAAAUUCUGUGGUAAUUGUGGACGCCAUACCACUUUUUCAUCAAUGUUUAUAUGUAACACCAAUGGUCGAAAUUGCACUUAUGCAGGUUGAUGCGUACGCCGAGCGUGAAAAUCUGGUGAUUGCUGGGUACUAUGCAGCGUGUGAGAAUUUUUAUGAUAACACUUUGGAUAAAGUGCCAGCAGCAAAAAUUGCCGAUAAGAUACAGGAAAACUUUAAAGGGGCUUGUUUCGCAAUUAUUGACAAUAAGUUGGUUACGUUAGAGCAAGAGGAAGUGGCACUAAAAGUAUUCUCAUGCAACGAUGGUGGGCGUUGGUCAAAAAGCAAUUAUUCUUUACAAAAUUCAAAGUCCACUUUGGAAGCUGUUUCUGUUUUAUUAAAACGUGGAGCUAUGAAAGACGUUGUUGAUUUUGAUAAUCAUCUGGAUAAUCCAAAACACGAUUGGACAAACGAGCUACUGAAUAAGGACUUGAAGCAAAUUAUGGCCAUGUAUUAAGUGUUGCUGUGCGGUGUUAAGCUGAUGGUGACGUUAACUAAUAUACAAUUUUACAUAUUUUAAUGUAGCGCAUUUUAAAAGUUAUUGGUUUAAGUGAAAUAAUAGUAACUGAUU